AUGGGGUCCAGUAAUAGAAACAAGUUGGAAGUAUUUCCCGUAGUUGUUAGAGGUGAAGGGUUUUAUUUCAUGCAUGAUGAGAGGCUGGAUCGGAGGUUGAAGAGAAAGAAUGUUGGCACUCAAAGUUUCAAGGCCAACUCUACUGGAAAAAGCAACAUUUGUAAAGACAGUAAGGCUCUGAAGAGUAGCCCUGACAGUGUUUGUAUUCAAAAGGAUGGCCAUGACAGCGAUGUUGGUGAUGAAGAUUACAUGAAGUUUUAUGAUGGUUUAGUUAGAGGGCUGUUUGUUGAUAGUGAUGCUCAUCUUGACAUCAAGCCCUCUUCAUUCAAGAAAAAUAAUGGAAGAUACGGUAGUAGUAAAUGUACCAAGUCUCCAGCAAAUGCACCCAAGAGUAGUAGCUGUAUUCUACUUGAUGAUGAUGAUGAGAAUGAUGAGGUUGAUGGAUGUAACAUUAAGUUUUUAAAGGAUUUGAAUGGAGGGCUGUACAACGGUAGUGAUUGUGAUGCUUGUGUGGAUAUUGAGUAUGCUUUAUCCAAGAAACAAAAUGGUGUUAGGUCAACUGAUAAUGUUAAUGUCAGUGUUGACCUUGUUAAGGGGCUUGUUGAGAAUCAUUUUGGUGGUAUUGGGGCUGUGGAUGGUGGAUGUAUGGAUGCUUCUUUGGACAGUGGUAAUGCAAAUACUAGUUCCGUUGAUGAUGAUACUACUCCUAUGUCUCCGGCUGAUGGUAUUGCUAAUGUUGGGACAGUUCAUGUUGGUAAAGGUGAUGCCAGGGCCGGAGAUGAUAACAUUGUUGAUGAUGGGCAUCUCAAUAAUGGCAUUGUUCGUGAAGAAGCAGGGGAUGAUGGUAAUAAUGCGGAUGAUGGGUCUGUAGGUGAUGGUGCUGAUAAUAAUGAGGAUCCUGACUAUGAGAUGUUCUUGGAUAAUUAUAGACAGGAUAAGAAAUCAUGUGUUCUUGAGUUUUCAUUAACCAAUGAGAUAACAGUAACUGUUAGAUAUGACUCACAAGAUGGGUGUAAAAUAGAGAAACCAGACACCGAAAGGGACUGUCUAAAGAGCAAGAACACAGGAAAUAGGAAAUUGUUGAAGAUUGAUUCGAGAAGUGACAGAAUGGAAGCUACGAGUGAUACAAUGAAAAAGAGAGUGGAAGCUCUGAGAAAAUUGAGGGAUGUUCCAGCAAGGGAAAGGAAGUUUUCAGUGUUUGAAGGCAAGAUGAAAAAAGAACAUGUGAAUCUUAUUUCCUGCAGAGCAGACCGACGUGCAUGCAAAAGGCCUAGUCCAGAAGAUCUAUGUCCAACUAAUUGCAAGCGCAAAUGCGAGACAAAAUUGGAUAUGGCCCAAAGAACAUUGAGGGAUGUCCCAUCCAGAGAAAUAAAGGUUUCAGCAGUUGAAAGCAAUUUGAACGUGGAAACUGUGGAUCUUUCUUCUUAUAGAGCAAAUGAAGGUGCAAGUAAAAGGCCUAGUCCAGAAGCUCUUGGUUUGACACACAAGGUGAAACCAACAAUGGUGAAUCAUAGAGCAGAAAUUCAAAGAAAAUCAAGGGUUUCUGUUCCAUCCAGAGAGGGAAAAGUUUCAGCAGUUAAAAGCAAGUUGAGAAAGGAAUCUAUUGAUCCUGUUUCUUGCAGAGAAAAUGUACAUGCAAGGAAGAGGCCUGUUCAAGAAACUAUUGGUUCAUAUAUUUACAAGCGCAAAUGCAAGAUGCAUUCGGAUACAGAGAAUUGUAGGAUGGAAACUCAAACAAAAAUGAAGGAUGUUCCAGUCAAAGAAAGGGGGAAUUUGGCAGUUGAAAGGAAUUUGGAAAAGCAUUCCUUGAAUGCUGUUCCACAAGGUGGUAAUGGGCAUGCAAAUAAAAAGCCUAGUCCGCAAGCCCCCAGUUCAACAAAUUGCAAAUGCAAAUAUGAGAUGAAUCUGGAUAUGGUGGAUCAUAGCUACCACAUUUUUUUGAAUUCUCUUAAAAAGGAUGGUGGGUAUGUGGUAUUUGGGUCUCAAAAUGGAAAAGGAGUUUUAUAUAAAUCAAAUGAACAGAGUUCAUCUGAUUCUGAGGUGAUUGUCAUGGACACCAAUCAACUUUUGGGUGGAAUUGAUACUCCAUUUGUGAUUUCAAAAGUACGCAUUUCAGAGGAUGAAGAUUGGAGGGACAAUGGAGUUUCUGGUAAAUUUAGAGAGGAACUUAUGAAAAUUCUUGAAAAGCCUUAUAACGAAAGGGAGUAUGAAGAACUAUGGCAAACAAUAUCUCACCGAGGUCGCGUGGAACGUGAUAUAGAUUUGCGGAGUGGGUCUAAAAGAUGUGAAACAAAAGCAAUUGGCAAAUCUUAUCUUGAUCAUCAUCCAGAUCUUGAAGCAAAGAUACAAUUAGCUAAAAGUGAUAAGCCAAAAAUUUUGAAUCUCAUGCGUGGUUUUUUCUAUUGGUUGAUGAAUACAUCACAUGGUGGAUCUGGAGUGUUUCUACCUUGGCUGGACUCUUCUUGUUUGAAAAUGCAGCCACAACAUAACAAGGGGAUGUCCCUGAUUACAUUAGAGUAA